AUGUCUGGGGUCGAGUCCUCGCGGGAGUCGGGUAUGAGGCUCCUGAGGGCUGGUCCGGAAUGGGGGCGCCCGGGGAACGCCGUGUGGGGGGAAGGAAGGGAGCAAGCGUCCGAGGCGGUGCAGGGCGGAGGCCGGCCCCGCGGGCGGCUUCGAGCCGGGGGGUGCCCCGGAGGGGGCGUCCCCCCUGCCCCCGGCCGGGGGCCUCGCUGUCUGGCGGAUCCGCGGCGGGAGGAAGGGAGUGGGACGGCCUGGGGCGCGAAGGGCGGCGGCGGCGGCGAGCGGAGGCGGCGGCGGGGGGUUUUUGAAGCCGCCCCGGCCCCACCCAGGAAGCGCGCGGGGCGGGGGCGGCCCUCAGGGGGAGGGCAUGGGGGGGCCGGUCCACAGUCCUCAUCUCGCGUGGGCGGGCUCCGAGGGGGGUCCCUUAAGCCCUGGGGGGAGGGGGCGGGCACCCGGCUCCGCCCCACCAACAGGGUGCUGCCUCCUGGCGGCUGA